GCGCGCGGGCGGACCGGUCUUUGUGCCGGUCCGGGGCUCCACCGAGGCGCGGCGGCAGCAUGAGCGGCUCAGGCGCUGCGGGGGCGUCGGCCAGCCCCGCGCCGCCCGCGCAGGAGGAGGGCAUGACUUGGUGGUACCGUUGGCUGUGUCGCCUGUCAGGCGUGCUGGGGGCCAUCUCUUGUGCCAUCUCUGGACUCUUCAGCUGCAUCACUAUCUACCCUCUGAAAAUUGCCGCUGGCGUGUGGAUGAUCAUGAACGCCUUCGUGCUGUUGCUGUGUGAGGCGCCCUUCUGCUGCCAGUUCGUGGAGUUUGCAAACACAGUGGCUGAGAGGGUGGACCGGCUGCGCUCCUGGCAGAAGGCUCUCUUCUACUGUGGGAUGGCCGUCGUCCCCAUCAUCAUGAGCCUGAGCCUGACCACACUGCUGGGCAAUGCCAUCGCCUUUGCCACAGGGGUGCUGUAUGGACUCUCUGCCUUGGGCAAAAAGGGUGAUGCCAUCUCCUAUGCCCGGAUCCAGCAGCAGAGGCAGCAGGCAGACGAAGAGAAGCUGGCAGAGACCCUGGAGGGGGAGCUGUGACGAGUCCACAGUGGGGUCCAUGAGCUUCUAUGGAGGAGGCAGAGCACCAGCCCUAUGGGACAGCCUGGGAGAGGACCCCCUGCUGCCUGACCCUCUUCUGCCAGCCUGUUCUCCAAGCCUGGAGCCUGACUUGGCUGGUGCUCAGGGCCUGGGCUGUAUGGCCCAUCUCAGUGCAGUGGGGGUGGCCACCUGGCCUGAUCCUGCCAGCCUGGCUUAGUGGACUGGGCUUCUGGUG